AUGCGGCUGCGUCUCCUCGUCGCCACUCUGGCGGGCCCGGCCCUCGCCUCAGCGGCGCCGCUGCCGUUCCUGAACCCCGUCUGGACUUGCUGUCCCGUGCAGCAACAGCAGCUGCACGAGCUACAGCCCCAGUGCCGAAUUCAGCUGACGUGGCAGUGCUGGGGUCGACGGUGUCGCCCUCCUCGUCCUCCCUCCUCGUCACCGUCCUCUCCUGCUCGGGCAUCGUCGUCUUCCUCGUCCUCGUGCUCGCCUGCUCCUGCUGCCACCCGCUCGGGAGUGCGCUUCAAGGAGUUUGAGAACACGGACGUGGAGGACGAGGAGGCCGCGGGCUUCAGCCCCCCCGCCUCCGAGCUGCUGCCCUCGUCUCCGUCCACGCACGACGUCUACGUGCUGCCCCUGGCCAACCUCUCGCACGGAGGGCAGCAGCAGCAGCAGCCCGCUGGCGAUGCGCUGAAGAAAGCCGGCGGAGGUGUGGAGAUCCGACGCAGCCUCAGCUACAUCCACGAGAUCGGCCGCGGGUGGUUCGGCAAGGUGCUGCUGGGAGAGAUCUUCGCCGGCUUCAGCCCGUCCCGCGUCGUCGUCAAGGAGCUGCGGUCGGGCGCCCCCCCCGAUGAGCAGCGCAGGUUCCUCGAGGAGGCGCAGCCGUACAGGCUUCUACAGCACCCGAACAUCAUGCAGUGCUUGGGACAGUGCACGGAGUCCUCGCCGUACUUGCUGGUCAUGGAGCUCUGCUCGCUGGGGGACGUGAAGGCGUACCUGCGCGGGCUGGCGGGGGUGACGGGCAGCGUGGUGGACGUGGAGCAGCUCCUGCGCAUGGCCUUCGAGGUGUCGGCCGGGGUCACGCACAUGCACCGCCACGGCUACACGCACAGUGACCUUGCCCUGAGGAGCUGUCUCUUGACCUCUGACCUCACGGUGAAGAUCGGAGACUAUGGCACAUCCGCCACCAAGUACAAGGACGACUACCUGGUGACGUCGGACCGGCAGAGCGUGCCGCUGCGGUGGAUCGCGCCCGAGCUCGUGGACGACGUGCACGGAAACCUCCUCGUGGUCGACCAAUCCAAGCAGAGCAACGUGUGGUCGCUCGGCGUGACGCUGUGGGAGCUGCUGGAGCUGGGGUCUCAGCCGUACAAGCACCUGACGGACAAGGAGGUGCUCUCGUAUGUGGUGAAGGAGCAGCAAGUGCGCCUCGCCAAGCCUCGCCUGCAGAUGGUGCACUCGGACCGCUGGUACGAGGUGCUGCAGCUGUGCUGGCUGCCGUGUGAGCAGCGCCCGUCCGUGGAGGAGGUGCACCUCCUCCUCACCUACCUCUACAACCGGCGCCUCUGCUCCAGUGACGACGCCAGCUUCGAGCGCCAGUGGAACGCGCUCAAGCCGUGCCUGCCGCUCGCCCACCACCACCAGCAGCAGCAGCAGCAGUCGGCGCCGGCGCCCGCCUACCCACAGCUGCGCCGCUUCUCCAGCGAGGGCCUGCAGGAGGAACUGGACGACAUCCUCACCGUCACCGAGACCAGCCAGGGCCUGAGCUUCGAGUACUCGUGGGACCGGCCCUGCUACUACGGCCGCGCCGGCGGUUGCGAGGGAGGAAGCGGCGACGGCGACGUCGGCGACGACGACGGCGCCGACGCGGCCCGGGCGGACGACGCGGCGGGGGGACGGCCGCGGCGCGCCAGCGGCGGCACCCGCGGAGACUUCUCCCGCCUGCGCUUCUACUCGGGCGAGGCGGACAGCGACGUGGACGCGGCUCCGUUCGCGCCGGACCCCCGGGGGCUGGCACCGCCGUCGAGCAAGCUGCCGGUGCUGGCGGCGGGGAGCCCCUCCGUGUGCGGCGACUACUUCGUGCGGCUGGAGGGACGCGCCGGCGGCGCCGGCCGGGACGACGAUGACGACGACGACGAAGGCGGUGUCGGCGCGGGCGGCGGCGACGACGGCCGCGACGAUGACGACGACGGCCGCUGCUCCGUCGACCUCGACGGCGCCGACAACGACCUGGACGGCGCCGGCGACGGCUCCGGCGGCUGCUGCGGCCGACGGGACGACGACGAUAGCAGCAGCAGCGGCAGCGGAAGCAGCGGCAGCAGUGGCAGCAGCGGCGGCAGCGGCGCGGCCGGGGGGCCGUCGGAGCACGGGGGCGACCCCGAGUGCGACUCGCUGCUGCGCAAUCGCUUCAGCAUCCUGCAGAGCGCCGGCAUCGAGGAGAUGCGCACUGAGUUCCUCAGUCGCCACGGCAACAGCCUGGGCAGCCCCGCCGCCUCCCUCGCCAUGGAGCCGCUGAUUCGCGUGUGCGGCGGGGCCGGCGAGCAGCGCGGGGACGAGCGCGAGAACGACGAGGAGGAGGAGGACGGCGGCGAUGACGACGGCGUCGAUGAGCGCCGGCAUCACCACCAGCGGCAGCAGCAGCAGCAGCAGCUGGACAGCCGCUACGACCGCGUCUUCGCGGACAGCUCGGACGAGGACGACGACGAGGAGGAGGACGACGACGACGGGGAGGCGGAAACGGCGCACCUGCUGGGCGGGGAGGGUAGCGAGCGGGCGGCGUGCUACACGACGGCGCACGACCUCCGCGCUGGCUACCGCCGCCCACGGAUGUCGCUGCAGCAGCAGGCGGCGCCGCCGCCGCAGCCCCCGACGCCGGCCGCGGCGUCGAGCGUGGUGGCGCCGUUCGCGGGGCCGGGCCGCCUCACGCACGCCUUCUCGGCGUCGGCCGCCAGCCGCUCCUUCGACGCCGGCUGCUGCGGGCGCCUCCCUCCCGCCGGCGCCUGGAAUCCGCCGGCGAGCCUCCCCGAGUUGGGCGACGGCCGCUCCGCCCCCUCCGUCCCGCCGCCGCCGCCUCCGCCGCCUCCGCCGAUGCUGCCGCUGCAGGCGAAGGCGGGCGGCGCCGGCAUGCGGCGCUCGUACUCGCAGCAGGAGCGGCCCGGAGCGGCCCGGCGCCGCGCGCACGACUCGUCCGACUUCGGGCUGCUGCUCACGGACCGCGCCAGCAUGGGGCCCUUCGCCGGUCACGCUGCGUUCUCCUUCUGCUACGGCGCCGGCGGGACCGGCAGCGGCACCGGCGGCGGCGACGUGGUCGAUCUGGGCGACGCCGGAGGCCCCGGGCUGCUGAUUCUCGGCGGUGGCGCCGGCCGUCGCGCGGGGACGUGCGGGGAGCCGGAGGUGGCCACCGGGGCGGCGGCUCCGAUGCGCUACGCGGACAAGCUCGGCGGUGGCGCGGGCGGCUACGGCGACGGCGGCGGCGGGCAGGCGGAGGCCUGCUACUCGCCGGGCGAGUGCGGCCUGCUGCUGUACGAUGGCCCCGUGCGGGCCUACGAGCCGGAGCCGCGCGACUUCUACGCCGGCGCGCCGGGCCCGUUCGGCGUCCCCGUCGCCUGCAAGGUCGCCGGCUGCUACUCCCGCUGCGGCGGCGGCGGCACCGGAUCCGGCGUGAUGGGCGGGGGCGGAGUGCUGCCCGUCAGCUGCUGCGGCGGAGGUAUUCCGGGGCCCGUGCCGGUGCCGGCCACGUACGCCAUGGUGCCCUCGCACGGCGCCGGCUGCCCGCAGUGCAGCUACCGCUGCGGGAAGGGAUUCGCGCAGCCGGCGGCGGACGGCACCGGCGGUCUCCUGCGCGAGCAGCGGUGCUGCGCGCUGGCGAGCGGCUGCCACCCGGCCGCCUGCUGUGAUGCCGGGGUUGGCGUCAUGAUGCCGCGCGUCGCCGGCAGCGGCGGUGGAGGCGGCGGCUGGGGCGACAUCUCCCGGCCGUGCGAGAAGAGCUCUUAUGCGCGUGGCAGCUGCGGGGGCGGCGGCGGCGGCGGGUACCACCUGGAGGCGUGCGGCUGCACGUCCGUCGACGAACGGCACUUGCCGGUGCGAGGAUACUGCGAGGGCGUGCACCAGCAGCAGCAGCAGCAGCAGCACGUCCUGCUCGACCGCUACCGACAUGGUGAGCGCGAGGAGCUCGCCCUGGACGCCUGCGCCGCCAAGUACCCGCCACGACGGGGCUCGCUGGGCAUAGAGGAGCGCUCCGGCUGCUACGGGGAGGAGAAGUACGUCGCCAUCACGGCCGGCGCGGGCCUCGCCGUCGGGGAAAAAGCUGACGAAGCGAGGCAGUGCGGCGGCGGCGCCGGCAACAUCGCCAGCGCCGUGAGACGCGUCGAGCCGGAGAAACCGGCGUUCGCCCAGGACGCGGCGCCGGUCACGACGGCGUCGGCGACGUUGGCGGCGACGGCGCCGAAGAAGCAGCCGGAAGCGCAGGCUGACCCGUUCUACGGGGCGCGGGCGAUGGACGGAGGGGACUCGCGGCGCGGGGCGCCGGCGGCGGUGGCGGCGGCCCCAGAUGCCGCGGAUAUGGCAGCGCAGGAGGUGAAGGCGGCGCUGUCAGACACGUCGAGCCCCCCUCCGGACUCCGGCGCCGACUUCGACAGCCCCCUGUCGCACCUGUCUCUCCAGCAGGCCGGCGCCGGCGACAGCGGUUACGACACGGAGAACGUGGAGUCGCCGGCGCCCAGCGGGCUCGAGCCGGCCAAGCUGCGCGGCUGCCACGCGGGAAAGGACGACGGCGCGGACGGCGCCAAUGGCGCCGCCGGCUCUCCCACCGCCGGCGCCCUCGCCGUGGAGGUCACGGUGACGACCGACGCCGACGAGGUGGACGAGGGCGACGAGAUGGAGGGCGGCGCCGGGGAUGCGAUGGCGUCGCCGCUGGCGCUGGAACCGCCAAAUAGGGACUCGGCGUACUUCUCGGACGGCGACGUGGACGCCGGUUUGGGAGACAAAGCGCCGGUGGGAACGAUGGCGCAAGGCCAGCGGAUGGGUGGAGACGACGCCGUUCUGGGCCGGGCGGUGUCGGCGGCUGCGCAGAUUUUCUGCCAAAUCGAUUGUGUCGGUGGAGGUGGAGGGGCGCGGUGCCGCGAGCAUCGGCCGUCCCCUGAGCGAGGGAUCGGACCGGGCCGGAGGCUCGCGUAGCGAGCCGGCGUCCGCGAGGCCCCCGCUGGCGCGCGGUCACAUCGUGCUUUGCGGCGAUUACAACGACAUUGACGCCAACGAGGAGGAGGAGGAGGACGAAGAUGACGGUGCCAACGACAGCGCGGUGCCGGACGCA